UGCGUCCUGGACAAAAUCGACAGUAUGCUAAUAUCACUACAACCCAAGCCUAAUCCGUCUAUCUGAAUUCAGAUAUACGAAAGGCACAAGAAGUAAGUAAACAACUAUAAGGCAUGUUCGUGGAGGCCAUGUGGAGGGAUGGCUUGUGCAGCUGGGAGCGAAUUGAUGCGCGGGAAAAAGUUUCCUUUACCCAACUGGUGCAGCAAAAUCUCUAUGAUACGACCAGUUUCGUCUAUAGUCAGACCAACGACGACGACGUACAAGCUGCCAACCAGAAUCAAGCUUCUGCGACUUUGCUAGUCACUGUUGGGGAUGUAUUUGUACCAUCAUAUUUACGAUCGAGUUUUGGCAAUGAACUAGUUGCCAUUGCAUGUAUGCAUGCGCAUACGCCAAGAAAGAUUGGUCUUGUUCAGCUAGGAAAAGGAAAAGAAGUACAUCUGGAACCUCUACAUGCACGUGAUUUCCUUGGUAAUUUUGGUUGGCAUGAAGCCAAAAGAUUACGACUUCGGGACUCUAAUUUCCAUGGAGAAUUAAUGUAUGGAUGCAACGUACUAGGACAUCAAAUGGAAAGUGUUAAUGUGCUGGGAUUGGUCAUGAAAAUAAAGAGGAGAUAUUUGUUUCUUUUACAGCCACGCAAGGAACAAGAUCCUUGGCAAAGAAUAUUUGUACGUAUGCACCUUUCCUUAAAAGAAGUUGGAUGGGGCCCACCUGCAGAACUUGAAACAUUUGAAGAUGGCGCACCGGUCCAGAUAGAUACCUUUUUAUCUUAGAUAUGUUUAAGUCGGUUUAGUACCUGCUGAGAUGUAAAAGACAGAAACUAUUUAAAUUGGUAGAUAGACGUGUUGAGUUUGUUCGUCUAGUAUAUAAGGUGAAGUAUGUGCACCAUGUAAAAGGCAGG